CUCUCCCAAUCGGUGACUCUAAACCCUAAACCCAAACCCUAGCGCCUCUCGAGAACUCGGGAAAUCGGCAUCGAUACGGAUGGGAAUUCCCGCUUUCUACCGGUGGCUGGUCGAUCGGUACCCCCUCUCGGUGGUGCAGGUCCGCGAAGAAGCUCCCGUGGUCGUCAAUGGCGUCCAGGUUCCAAUCGACUCGAGCAGGCCGAACCCUAACGGCGUCGAGUUCGACAACCUCUAUCUUGAUAUGAACGGCAUCGUCCACCCUUGCUUCCAUCCAGAAGAUCGGCCUCCUCCCAAGUCGUAUGACGAGGUUUACAAGGCAGUGUUCGUGUACAUUGAUCACCUUUUCUCCUUGGUUCGUCCUCGGAAGCUCCUGUACAUGGCAAUCGAUGGAGUAGCUCCCAGAGCGAAGAUGAAUCAGCAACGAGCGAGGCGGUUCAGGGCUGCUAAAGAUAGAGCUGAUGCAGCAGCAGAGGCAGAGAAGCUGAGAGAUGACUUCGAGUCUCAGCCUGAGAAAUUAUGCAAUCCAGAAGAAAUCAACAAAAUGGAUUCAAAUGUCAUCACACCUGGGACUGAGUUCAUGGCUUUGUUGUCGUCUGCCCUUCGGUAUUACAUUUGCUUAAGAAUAAAUAGUGAUCCUGGAUGGCGAGGUAUUAAGGUCAUUCUAUCAGAUGCUAGUGUGCCGGGUGAGGGCGAGCACAAAAUAGCAUCAUAUAUUCGCUCACAGAGGAACCUUCCUGGAUUUGACCCAAAUGCAAGACAUUGUUUGUAUGGUUUGGAUGCUGACUUAAUCAUGCUUGCACUAGCAACACAUGAAAUACAUUUUUCUAUACUAAGAGAGGACGUUCGUGUUGCAAGGCGUACCGAAAGAACUUCAAAAUUUGAAAACAAAAACAAGUCUUCAAGUAAAGAAGGGAAAGUGUGGAAUCAUGAAGUUAACCAUGAGGUGCCAAGAAAAAAGUUCCAGUUUCUCAAUAUAUGGGUACUGAGAGACUACUUGCAACAUGACCUGAAAAUAUUUGGUGCCAAAAUGAAGAUUGACUUGGAGCGCUUGAUUGAUGAUUUUGUUUUCAUAUGUUUGUUUGUUGGAAAUGACUUUCUUCCCCAUGUUCCUUCUCUAGAAAUUUCGGAGGGAGCAAUUGAUCUGCUUAUGACCGUCUACAAAAAGGAGUUUGCUGCAAUGGGUGGUUAUUUAACCAACUCUUUUGAGGUGAACCUGGAACGGGUUGAGCAUUUCCUACAGAUAGUUGGAUCUCAUGAAAGUGCUAUCUUUCGAAAGCGCAUUCAGUUACAGAGGGAAAUGAAUAGUCAUUUGCGAGAUGCUGUGGAGGUCGAACAGAAAAUAGGAUCUAUUUGGAUGAAGAGUUUCGAGAGGUCUGCAAAUUUUCUCGGCAGAAGCAACCCAAAUAGUACAGCAUCUGUAUUGAAGGGGCAGGUACAGCAGGGAGAAGAGGAGUGGAAAGAAGAGUACUAUUCUGAGAAGUUUGAAGUCAAGUCUGAAGAUGAAUGCCAGAAACUCAAGAGACAUGCAGUUGAAAAGUAUGUUGAAGGGAUCUGCUGGGUCAUGCACUACUACUACCAAGGAGUCUGUUCCUGGCAAUGGUUUUAUCCAUAUCACUAUGCUCCAUUUGCUUCAGAUUUUCUUGACUUGAAGGACUUGGAAGUUCAGUUUAAACUUGGAAUCCCAUUCAAGCCAUUUAAUCAACUUAUGGGUGUACUUCCUGCUGCAAGUGCACAUGCACUGCCUUUGCGUUACAGGAAUUUGAUGACUGAUCCAUCUUCUUCGAUAAUUGAUUUUUAUCCAGCAGAUUUUGAGCUUGAUAUGAAUGGUAAGCGUUUCUCCUGGCAGGCAGUAUGUAAACUACCAUUCGUUGACGAAUCCCGCCUUCUUGCGGAAGUAAAAAGAGUAGAAUACACAUUAACGGAUGAUGAAAAGCAAAGGAACAGCUGGAGUAUGGAUAUGCUCUUUGUUCAUUUCUCACAUCCAUUAACAUCAAAGAUUCGCUCCUUUUAUCGGCGGAAGAAGGAUCAUCCAAAACUUCCCAAGACCAAACUCAAAAAAAGAAUAGAUCCCAAAAUCAGUUCUGGGAUGAAUGGAUUCAUUUACAUUUCUGAUAAGACCAUUUUCUCACCGGAAAUUUUUUCACCUAUUGAGGGCAUGACAUUGAUAACAAAGAAUAAGACCAUAUUUGUGUACUAUAAAAUCCCUCCCAUCCAAACACACAUCUCGAAGAUACCAUCUGGAGUCAUCUUACCUAAUAAGUCAAUCAGCAAAAAAGAUGUUCAACCGGCACCAGUACUGUGGCAUGAAAGAUCGAUGUUUAAGAGAAAAAACCUUGAGAGGCCCCUUUCCCAUGCAAUAGCUGGGCAUCGUCUGUCGCAGUUGGCUUGCAGCCUUGUGUCUAAUCAUUACCGUGAAAGGAAGCAAGCAGUUAAUGUAAGAAAACUCGACAAGAAUGCUAUCAAUGGUCAAUGCAAGAUGCAGAAGAUGCUCGAGCAAAGGACCAUCCAUGAGAGCAACGGCAACGGUAAUGUACUUGGGAAAAGGAAACACAGGGGUGGCAGUAGGAGGAAAAAGAAGGUUCAAGUCAUGAGCCAAGAGAGUGGCCAAAACACUAGCAACUUGGGAAAAAGGAAACGUGGAGGCCACGGGCGACAUAAGAGAAAGAGGAAUUAAGCACUGUUUUCAGAGUUGCUGCAUUCUUGUCCCGUUAAUUAGUGGGAAUCUGUCGCAAAGCCGAUGCUGGCACAGAUGUUGGUAUCACAAUGACAGAAAUGGCGGUCAAAUCUCUCACCUUCAGCUUUUAGAGUCUCCGAUCCUUUCCAUUUUUUUAAUUUACAGAUCAGAUGUCACAGAUCAAACCCUUGUUAUUUGUUUUAUUUAAUUUAUUUCGGGCAACAAAACUGCUGCUUCAUUGUGUAUUAAUAGUUGGGUAAUUAGAACUACAGUACGUGAUAAGGAGAGUACGGAAUGGCCUGACCUAAUUGUCAACGUGCAUUUUGGAACGUUUCUCCAUGGGGUGAAUGUGCGGCUUAUUUUGUUUUCAAAAUUUUAUUUUAUUGAAUAAUUGACAUAUCGUUUACAGGUGGAUUCGAAAUUCGGAAUUAAGACAUAUUUUAUGUUUGUCAUCGAAAACCAAGUUUUCAUGCUGAGUUAGUUAACCAAGGCUUCUGCUAUUUCUCCUGUCACCAAUAGAAAUCAUCCAAACAUAAAAUGUUCUCGGUCCCGACUUGUUUCACGACUAAGAACCUCACGACCACCUGUCUAGCAUCAACAACUCAAACGGCUGCUCUCUUCCUAGAGCCUUUAGCAUGGAGAAAGAGACGACGGCAAAGAUCUCCUUCACUCUUUCCUCAUCCUCGUCUCGCCCCAAUCCCUCCGCGGCCCAAAUCCCGUCUCAAUCCUUCCCUUACCGAGGAGCCGUCACCGCCUCCACCCAAGGAGACCCCGGAGACGAGGGCGAGGAUGGCGUCGCCAAGCCCCAGUUCAUCUCCGUCUUCGACGCAUCCCAAACCCUAGCCGUCUCCCACGACGCCAGGUCCGUCAUCAUCCCUCCCGUCCCGGACGCCAAGACGAAGUGCCCCCUCCCUGUUCCCGCCCCCGAUGACGAUUACAUGCGCUGGAAGUUCAGAGACGACAUGAAGGAUCUUCCCCAAGAUCGUGGGUUGGAUGAGUUUAAGGACAUCAGGGUUGAGGACUUCCCGUUCGCCUAUCUCGCUGGAUAUGGGUGGUCGGAGGGCCAGGUGAUCGGGCGGAACAAGAUGCUGGCAGAUCCCAAGGUCGUUGAACACAAGAGGAGAUAUGGAACUGAAGGGCUCGGGUAUCACAAGAGAAAGAAAGAAACUCGGACCCUGCAACAAGAAGAACAGAUCGGUGGUCUGUGCUUGUCGAACGAGGGUCAGUCUCGAGCAGCUUUCGAGGGCAAUAGGUAAGGAGUUCACAUUGCUGAGUUUAGAUGUUGAGGUAGAGCAGUCCAACAUUAUCUGCACCAAAACACAGCAUGCUGGGGAUUCACUGGAGUUUAGGCAUAAGCAAAUGUUUUCAGUACUCCUUACUAGGUUUGAAAUUCUACAUGUUGAGCUAGUGUAUACAAUGUGGCUUACUGUGUUUAGAUGUAGUAGAAGAUUCUCUCCUUUUUUUUAAAGCACAAAGCACACAGGUAAUUAAUUCA